CCCAUCGCAAACACCACAUCCACUCCCAAAUCCCAAUGCAAUAACUCACCCCCUCCUUCCAAAGGCAAAGAAAAUGUCUCUCUUCACCAAAACAAUCCACAUCACCGCGCACCCGCCGCCGCGCACCCUCGCCGACAGCAAACUCAUCCUCUCCGCGCUGCAGAAAUUCGGCGAAGUCGUCACCUUCCGCAAUUUGAGGUACGACAUAACAAACCCCCCAACCACCACCACCACCACCACCACCACCACCCGCCCGCAAUCCCACAGCAUAAUCGCCAUCUACGAAUCCGCCGCCGCCGCGACGGCCGCCUGCGCUGCCUCCCCGUUAGCGAUCCCUCUUACCCUGGACGCCCACGCCCACGCCCACGCCCAGCACCACAGCCUACAAGCACAGUCCCAGUCCCAGUCCCAGUCCCAAGCACAGUCCCAAACACAGUCUCCAGCCCCGAAACAAAAACAAUACUACACCCCGCUCCCCCUCCCGCCGCAGCAACAACCCGCACACGCACCCCCAGACGCAGCAACACACUACCACUCCUCAGCACAAACCCCCCACGCCACACCAUCCGGGCCCCCCGACGAAGACCCCACAACCACAACCACAACCAUAACAUGCACCGUGACCGCCUCGCGCACCAACCACGCCGCGGCCAUACGACGGAAUCCCUGGUCCGCGGGGUUCGAGAUCGAGAGGACGAGUCACCCGCGGAUGUAUGAGGAUCUGGUGCGGGCGGGGAUUCCCCUCAAAGAGUUGGCGGAUGGGCCGGCGGGGCGGAGAAAGGCGGUGGCGCAGCCGCAUGGGCGGCGGCAGAGGGUGGAGGCUGAGACGGUGCGGUGGGGGGCGGCGAGUUUGAUGGGGUUGUUUGGGGAGGGGGAUGGUAGUAGUAGUAGUCAUGGUGGUGGUGGUUUAAGGAGGGGGAAUGGGGGGACGGGGAAGGAGGAGUAG